AUUAAAGCAGACGAUUAUUUAUUUUUGUUUUCUUCUUGGUUGGGAGUAAAGUUGGGAAUUUUCACGGAAAUUUCGAAUUCUCUGAAGAAAUUCUCAGCUUUCGUAGCAUUUUAUUUAAUAGUUACGCAUCGUUUUGCAAGAUAUAAUUCUGAUGCAAAAUAGCUUCUGGGCAAGAAAGACUGAGUAUAGCAAUGAAUAAUUCAGAGAAUUCAUCUACCUCUAGUGAUUGCAUGAACGUAAAUGAUGUGCAUAUUCUGGUUGAUACUGAAGAAGAUGAAAUUCCUCAAGUAAUUUUGAGUGUUAUUUGGCAAGCAAAUAAACUGGGAGCAGCAUACUAUAAUAUUGAUACUUCUAAGUUGUACUUAGUAAAUGAUCACUUGGAUCCUGCACCUCAUUUCACUAUUCUCAGUACAUUGCUUAAACAAACUGAGCCAACUUAUGUUGUGACAAGUGCCAGAACAGAUGAAAAAUUUGUUUCUGCCUUAAAAGAAAUGUUUCUACAGCAGAAUAGUGCACAGAGGAGGAGUGAAUCCAGCAUUUUUUCUAACAUUCUUUCAGACGAGAACGAGAAGCUCCAUUUAUUACCAAGCAUUGAAUUUGCUUAUGAAGUCGGCAAGCAUCGGCUGAAAAACUUGAAUUUUCCCAACGUUCCUCCAGAUAUGAAUGAUAUUGAAAAGACAAUUUAUUUUUCAUCAUUGAUUGAUUUUACAAAUACUUGUAUGGUAAAAGCAGCUGGAGGUUUGUUAAAGACUAUAGAAAGAAGUCCUCUUGGUUUGUCUUUAGAUAAAUUAAAAAUUUUAUCAGUCUCAACCUUAUCACUGAAAAAUUUAGUGAAUAUUGAUGAAAAUUCUUACAGAGCACUGCAAAUUUUUCAAGAAGAGAGACAUCCUUCUGUGUAUAAAAACACUUUUGGAAUUAAAGAGGGAUUAAGUCUGUAUGGCAUAUGCAACAAAUGUAAAUCUGGCAUUGGGAAAAAAGAGUUGAAACGCUGGUUUCUUCUUCCUACAAAUGACGUAAAUUUAAUUCAGGAGCGUCAAGAAGCUAUUAAGUAUUUUAUUUUGGCCAAGAAUAAAGAUGUGAUGACUGCUCUGCAGGACAGUUUAAAAUUUAUCAAGUUUCUUCCUAGAUUGCUAUCUCGUAUGAAAAAUGCACAAGCUACACUAAAUGACUGGCAAGCACUAUAUAGAACAUCUUACCAUGCAGUGCUCAUUGGAGAUAUUUGCCGUUCUCGAAAUUCUGAUUUAAAGAUAUUUAAAGAGAUAGGUGAAACUUUCUCUACGGAUUUGUUUCGGAUUGCAAGCUUGCUAGACAAAAUAAUUGAUUUUCAGGAAUAUGAAAAACAGAAUCAUUUUGUUGUGAAACCUGGAGUUGAUAGUGAGCUUGAUAAAAUGAAACGAACGUAUAACGGAUUGCCAGACUUUAUGACGCAAGUUGCAUAUCAAGAACUGCAAGAACUUAGUGAAGAUAUUCAGAAGUGCAGUGUUAUAUAUUUGCCUCAGUUAGGAUAUCUAUUAGCAGUUCCUGUGACAGAACAGAUGAAAAAGACCAAGAAUUACACUAUCCCAAAUUUAAGAUUUAUGAUUUCUAUGUUACAAGUGCACAUGGACCCCGUGAAAGAAGAGGAAGGGUCUAUGCCUGAGCUAAGCCUUAACCACCUGAAGCCCGAAGAGAAAGAAAAGAUUGAAAAGUUGUUUAUUCUGAAUGAUGUUGCUCAUUACAAGACUGCCAACACUAAAAAACUGGAUUCGUUGCUUGGUGACACCUUAUGUGACAUAUACGACAAAGAAACUCAAAUAAUGCAUAAGUUGCAAAAUGCUGUUUUGGAAGUGGAACAUAUUUUUAAUGCUGUUAUGGAAUAUUCUGCGAAAUUAGAUUGCCUGAUAGCUCUUGCUGUGAUAUCACUGGAAUACAACUGGACUCAGCCUGAAAUUACAGCAGAUGGAUAUUUUGCAAUUGUAAAAGGAAGGCAUCCUCUUCAAGAACUGUGUGUUGAAUCAUUUGUUCCAAAUGAUACGUUUAGUGGAAAGCAUGAAAGUAAAAUCAAAAUUCUAACUGGGCCUAACUCUAGCGGCAAAAGCAUCUAUUUAAAGCAACAUUGGUUUUACAUUUCACAGUCCCCCAUUAAUUAUUUUCCUCAGAAAUGGGGACAGGACUAAGAAACAAAGGCAUGAGACAUUGCAGUCUGGUACAGGAAUCGAAAAUUAGUACAUAAAUAGAGGGAAUGCUUGGAAGGAAAAAUAGAUACGGUUUACCUUCUGAACAGGACACUGUUUAAACUAAGUGGAGCAGAAUUAACUGAUACAAAAUGUUACAAAAGCGAAAACAUUCAACUUAAAAGUGGAAAUUCAAAGCUGGAAAUUUUCCUGAGGUUAAAGCCAUUUUUGCUAAAAUUUUUCAUUCAGUGUUGUGCAUCUUCCUGUGAAUGGUCAAUCAAGAAGUCAAAGAAAUAGCACUUCGACUGAAUGUUAAAGAAACUUCUAUUUCAACUGGAUGACUUCAGAAAUUUAAACUGCUGCAUAGAAUAUUAUGUCAUGUAAUAAAUGAAGAAUCAAUAAGCAUUCUUGCUGAGUCUGUUGAAGACUGAUUCAAGAAUUUAUCUGCCAAAAUAGAUGAAUAAGAAAUAAAAGACAUUUUUAAUGUUAAUGAAACUACUAAUGUUAAUGAAAGCUUUCAAAGGUGACCAGUGUUAUGCAACUAAGCAAAGUAAAGA